CAAAGCAAUUGCUAAUUGGAAAGCCAAACAGUACCCAUUUGAGCUUUAAAUUCGCGUUGACUUUUGCUAAGCUUCCCUUGGAGCAUUAAACAACACAGAAGUAUGUUGUUGAAGCUGCUGGCUUUGUGUUUGUUCACAUUUCUCAUAUACGUUCCUAUUGGUGAGGCCAGAAUUCGGCAUUACAAAUGGGAGGUGAAGUAUGAGUACAAGUCCCCUGACUGUUAUAAGAAGCUGGUCCUUACAAUCAAUGGCAAAUCUCCAGGACCCACAAUCUUGGCCCAGGAAGGUGAUACAGUCAUUGUUGAGGUUACAAACAAACUGUUAUUAGAAAACCUUGCAAUCCAUUGGCAUGGAAUCAGACAGAUUGGAACACCAUGGAAUGAUGGAACAGAAGGGGUAACUCAAUGUCCAGUAGUACCUGGGGACACCUUCAAAUAUGAGUUCAAGGUUGAUAGGGCUGGAACUUAUCUGUAUCAUGCACACUAUGGGAUGCAAAGAGAAUCAGGGCUAUAUGGAUCAAUCCGUGUAUCAGUUCCUGAUAAUUUUACAGAACCAUUUGCCUAUGAUUAUGAUCGAAGCAUCAUCCUUUCUGAUUGGUACCACAAAAGCACUUAUGAACAAGCCACAGGAUUGUCCUCCAUUCCCUUUGUCUGGGUUGGGGAGCCUCAGUCACUUUUGAUUCAAGGAAAAGGAAAAUUCAACUGCUCUAGUGCAUCCCUCACAGCCGAUACUUGUAAUACAUCAAAUCCAGAAUGCUCUCCUUAUGCAAUAAUCGUAAUUCCCGGAAAAACAUACAGACUAAGGGUUGCUAGCUUGACUGCUCUAUCAGCCCUUAGUUUUCAAAUAGAGGGUCAUAAUAUGACCGUGGUUGAAGCAGAUGGGCACUAUGUAGAGCCAUUUGUAGUGAAAAACUUGUUCAUAUACUCUGGAGAGACAUACUCUGUGCUUAUAAAGGCAGAUCAAGACCCUUCAAGAAAUUAUUGGAUGACAACAAAUGUGGUUAGUCGGCCUCCUAAUACCACACAAGGCUUAGGCUUUCUCAAUUACUAUCCAAACCAUCCAAGGCGAUCUCCUCCCACAGCUCCACCAACUGGUCCUUUUUGGAAUGACACAGCGCCCCGAUUGGCCCAAAGUCUAGCCAUUAAGGCUCACCAUGAUUUCAUUGUGACCCCGCCCACAACCUCAGAUAGAGCCAUUGUGUUCCUAAACACACAAAAUCGCAUUAAUGGUUAUGUGCACUGGUCCGUAAAUAAUGUCUCUUUCACCCUUUCUCACACACCAUACCUUAUUGCUCUAAAGAAAAAGUUACACCAUGUGUUCAGUCAAACCCCACCACCUGAAGGAUAUGACUUUGUAAACUAUGACAUUUACAACGUGUCCAAGAACCCAAAUGCUACAACAAGCAAUGCCAUUUACCGGCUAGGUUUCAAUACCACGGUUGAUAUUAUACUACAAAAUGCAAACACUAUGACUGUUAGCAAUAGUGAGACACAUCCAUGGCAUCUCCACGGGCACGAUUUUUGGGUACUGGGCUAUGGAGAAGGCAAAUUUGACAAGAAAAAAGACCCAAAGAAUUACAAUUUGGUGAAUCCAAUCAUGAAGAAUACAGUGCCUCUUCAUCCCUAUGGCUGGACUGCUCUUAGAUUCAAGGCUGAUAACCCAGGUGCUUGGCUUUUCCAUUGCCAUAUUGAGUCUCAUUUCUACCUGGGCAUGGGAGUGGUGUUUGAAGAAGGAAUAGACAAGGUGGGAAAAUUGCCUUCAUCUAUUAUGGGCUGUGGUGAGACCAAAGGAUUUGGCAAGCCAUAAUUAAUCAAAAUAAAGAUUAUAAAUACCGAAUCAUCAUAUUUUUGCCGUUCACCAGUUGUUCAGGAAAUAUAUAUAUAUUGGGGUAGGUAUAGAUUAUUAAUGUAAAGAUACUAAGAUCAAGGUUAGAGCAGCAGUGAGGCAAGAAGCAAAUGCUGCAGCAGUGAAAUGAAGCGAUUGUGGAGUGUAGUGCUUGAGGAGUAAAACACAGUGAAGCAAGCGACAGUGUAAUACACAAAAGUACACAAGAAGUUAUACUUCCUGUAAUUUUUAGUUUGCAUUAGUUAUUUAUGUUCACACGUGAGAGUCACACGAGCUAUAUUGUAACUGCCAUAUUGUAACUGAUGUAACUACCUAGCGCAUAGUUUGGAAA